AUGGCAUCCACCGCCGCCAAGGACUAUGGAAACUUCAAGCUCCUCAAGAGCUUUGACGUCGACUUUGCCCCUAUCCAGGUGUCUAAAUGGAAGAGCGAGAAGACUGGCCUGACUGUUGUUCUUGGAAAGCACGAUGCUCCUAUCACAAACGGCUACUUUGCGAUUGCCUCUGAAAUUUUCGAUGACACUGGGCGGCCUCAUACUCUGGAGCACCUGGUCUUCCUUGGUUCCAAAGAGUACCCCUACAAGGGCGUUCUCGACCAGCUCGCAAACCGUGCUGGCAGUAACGGUACCAAUGCGUGGACGGCGAACGACCACACUGCCUACACAAUCGCCACAGCCGGUUCUGAAGGUUUCCUCAAAAUGCUUCCCGUCUAUGUCGAUCACAUCCUCCACCCAACCAUCACCGAUGCCGGUUUCGUCACCGAAGUCUAUCAUCUGAACGGCAAGGGUGAAGAUUCUGGUGUUGUGUACAGUGAGAUGCAGGCGAGGGAAAACACUGCCGGGGAUGUCAUGGCGCUCGAAGGGCAGAGGACUCUUUACCCAGAAACGUCUGCGUACAGGAGUGAGACUGGUGGUCUGAUGCACAAGCUGAGAGUGCUUACAGCUCAGCAAAUUCGUGAUUACCACUCUGCUUACUACCAACCCUAUAACCUCUGCCUGAUCAUCGACGGCGCUGUUUCCAUUCCCGAGCUCUUCCAGGUGCUCAACGACAAGGUUGAGCCUUUGAUCCUCGCCAAUAAACCUACCACCUCCCAAUCCGUCGCCCCCGCCGACUGGAAACGCCCCUUUGUCGAAUCUUCCACUUCCAACCCCCUCUCAAUCGGACGAUCCAUCACCAAGGUUGUAGAAUUCAUGGAGGAGGACGAGUCGGUUGGAGAGGUCAUGAUCACUUUCCUCGGCCCGCCCCCUAUCGACUAUACGAAAAACUUGGCGCUCAGCAUCCUCGAUAGCUAUCUCACCCAGUCGGCUACUUCGCCUUUGAGCAAAGAGUUUAUCGAGAUUGCCAAACCUCUCUGUACAGACUUUUCAUUCUAUGCUGCCGACAGGGUCAACAAGAACGAGGUCGUCGUGUACAUCUCUGACGUUCCGGCCAAGCACCUUGAAGAUAUCGCCGACAAGCUCAAGGCCAAGCUUGCCAAGAUCGUCAAAGAAGAGGGUAUCGACAUGGACCGAAUCCAAAGAGUCUUGAAGCGAGAUGAACGAAAGCUGCUCGACUACAUCGAGUCCCAGCGGACGGAUGUCUUGUCGGACGCCAUCAUUGGUGAUUUCCUCUAUGGCGCGGCGGACGGGUCCGACCUUCCUGCCGCCUUCAACGAUCUCAAGGACUAUGCUACCCUCCAUUCCUACACUGCGCAGGACUGGGUCAACCUCCUCGACCAAUACUUCGUCUCUGCUCCCUCGGUCACUAUCGUCGGCAAGCCCUCGGCGGCAUUGUCGGCCAAGAUUGAAAAGGACGAAAAGGAGAGGGUGGACAAGCGCAAGGCAGAGUUGGGAGAGGAAAAGUUGAAAGAGUUGGAGAAAAAGUUGGAAGAGGCAAAGAAGGCUAGCGAUGUGCCUCCCCCGAGCGAGAUGAUCAAGGACUUCCCUAUCACUGACCCCAAUGGUCUUACGUGGAUCCCUGUUGAGACUGCUCUCAACCCCGCCGUUGGUGACAACGCCAGGAGUGACCAGGGUGAAGUCCAAAACAUCAUUGACCAGGAUGGAGAGAAUUUGCCCUACCAGGCUCAUUUCUCUAGUGUCGAGUCCAACUUUGUCACCGUCAUGGCGCUGUUUGACACUAUCAACCUGCCCAUCCACCUGAAACCUUACCUCACCCUCUUCCAGAACGCCUUGUUCAGCCUUGGCGUCAAGCGUGCUGACGGAACUGUUCUGUCGCACGAGCAAGUUGUGAACCAGCUCGACGACUUGACUGUUUCUCAACUAGCCCACUUUGAGAUCAAGGGCAACUUUGCCGAGGUCAUGGUGGUCAGGCUAAAGGUGCAGAAGGAUCAAUAUGAGGAAGCUGUGCAAUGGCUCAGGGAUCUCUUGACUGGCGUCAUCUUUGACAAGGAGCGUCUCGGGGUCAUCAUUGCCAAGCUCACCCAAGAAUUGCCCCAGGAGAAGCGUGACGGCAACACCAUCGCUGUUGCUUUCGCCAACCAGCUCACCUACGACUCUUCCAAGAGUGCUUCUCAAACAUGCGACCUGUUGGCUAGGCUGGAGUUCAUCCCCCGUGUCGGGGAGAUGCUGGCGGAAGGAGGCGCCAAGGCUGAGGAGGUUGUGAAUGCUCUGGAAGAGCUCAAGCAAACUCUUCUUGACACUAGCAAGCUGCGUGUCGCUGUACAGGGUGACAUCACCAGCCUGCCAAACCCCCGUUCGGUCCUCGCUAGGUCAUUCUUACAAGUCACUCAAGCUCAAGCUUUGGCGCCCCUGUCUACCUCCAGAGAGACCCUGACCGAGCUCGGCAAGAGCCCUUCCAAAAAGUGCAUCAUCAUUCCCAUGCCCGCCAUCGAAGGUUCCUAUGCUACAUUCUACGCUAGCGGUCCUGCCGGUCAUGCCCACCCCGACCUUCCUGCUCUCCGACUGGCCUCGUCUGUGCUGAAUGCCCUCGAAAGCUACUUGUGGAAGUCGAUUCGAGGAUCGGGUCUGGCAUACGGAGCGCAUGUAAGGGUGUAUCCCGAAGCGGGCCUUGUUGGGUUUGAUGUGUACCGGAGUCCUAACGCAUGUUUGGCGUACGAGGCGGCGGGCAAGAUCAUGAGAGGUUUGGUCGAUGGAUCGGUCGAACUUGACCAGGAUUUGGUGGACGGUGCUCGUUCCAGUAUGACAUACGAUUACGCCCGUCGUUCCGAGACUGCUGCUACUGCCGCUACCACCGCCUACAUCAACGAGACCUUGAAGGGCCUCGGCAAGAACGCCGAUCAAGAUAUGCUCAAGCAACUCCCUCAGAUCACCCUCCCAGAGAUCCGGAAGGUGAUCAAGAAGUACCUGAUGCCGAUCUUUGAGUCGGAGACUGCUAUCGGUGCUGUCAGUGUCUCAACGAGCAAAGCGGAAGAGGUGGAGAAGGCGCUCGAAGGGUUGGGUUUCGAGGUUGAGAGGAAGGAGCUGCCGGUCUUGAAGGGUGACGAGGAUAGUGAGAUGGGAAGCGUCAGUGGAAGUGACGCUGGGAGUGAGAGUGGGAGCGACGCCAGUCAAUAA